CACACGGGCAUAUUAUGUAGUUAUGCCAGCUGCCUUUCCUAAUAACGGUGAAAGGUUGGCUGUGUAUUUGUGCUGAAUGAGCAAGCUGUAGGUUUAUGGCUUAAUAAAAUUAGCAAAAGACGGACAUUUUUUCCAAAACAAUCGCACUUUAACCAGUUUGCUAAUGCAGCACUGCCAACCAACAGCAAAAGUGCAGAGUUCAACACCCUCCCUUUCGGCAGUUUAUUGGUAGCUAUCAUUCCCAACCGUUCGUAGCUUGUGGCACAACACAGCGGUGACGCGCACCACCAGCAGCAAGCACUGCAAACGUCCUUGGCUACUGAGUAAGAAACGAACUUCCAUUCGCAGUUUUUGCCGUAUAUUUCUUCACUAUGGCGACCGGCGACAGACCCUUCAAGGUGGUUGUCUUUGGGGCUUCGGGCUUUACUGGCCAGUUUGUGGUAGAAGAGGUAGCUCGAGCAGCAGACAAAGACGCCUUCAAAUGGGCUGUAGCAGGCAGAAAUAAAGAGAAACUACAGCAAGUCCUACAACAAGCGUCUGAGACUCUAGUAAGUACAUACAGGUUUUUUGGAGAGCCUGUUGUGAAAGCUUGCAUUGAAAAUGGAGCUAACCACAUUGAUAUCAGCGGUGAACCACAGUUUCUAGAAAGUAUGGCAAUGAAAUACGACAGUCAGGCUGCUGAUAAGGGAGUGUAUGUAAUUGGCAGCUGUGGCUUUGAUUCCAUUCCAGCAGAUAUGGGUGUGCUGUUUACAAAGAACGAGUUGAAAGGGAACUUAACUGCUGUUGAAAGUUUCUUAUCAUUCAACUCAGGACCCGAGAGUGGAAGCAUUCAUGAUGGUACUUGGCAGUCAGCAGUCCAUGGCAUAGCUGAUCAGGAAAAUCUGAAAAAGCUGAGGAAACAAAUUGGACAGAAACCUCUUCCAGUAGUUGGAGCAAAACUUAAAAGAAGAGGAGCAUUGUUUUACAGUAAUGAACUGAAGCAGUACGCUGUUCCUUUUAUGGGAUCUGAUCCAUCUGUGGUAAAACGGACGCAACGUUAUUUGCAUGAAAAUUUGCAAGAAAGUCCAACACAGUAUGGUGCCUAUGUAGGUGUGGGCGGUGUCCCCUCUGUUGUAAAGCUGAUGUUUGCAGGCUUGAUCUUUUGGAUUUUAGCCAAGUUCAGCUUUGGAAGAAAACUCCUCAUCACAUUUCCAGAAUUCUUCUCAUUUGGACAUUUCACAAAGCAAGGACCAUCAAGAAAGCAGGUAUGGACUAAUGCAGUGUGA